GCCUUGGCGUCGAAGGAGGCAGCGACAUUGGCUUUGACGAAAGCGGAGGGACUGGCGCCAGCGUCCGAAGUGCCAGCUGCAAAGAGAGAUCAGUCGUUCACAAUCGAGGGGGAAGAAAAGUUCUUCAGCGAGUUACAGACGACGGAGCGCACGACCGCAGAACGCGCAGCCUCGACGGGCAUCAAGAACCGGCUCGAAGAGGUGACCGCGCGACGUUUCUCAGGCCGUGAAGCAGAGAUCGAGAGGUGGCUCAAGAAGGCGGCCGACUACCAGAAGACGAUCAUGGACAGGCUC